AUGCAUGAUGCUAUGCUUUGGCAAGAAGGAAUUCGCGGUUCAAAAUUUGACAUACUUUAUCAGCCAAUUUUCAAAAUGUGCGACAUUGUCGGCUUGAAAACUUACGGCGAACUAGAAAGUAACAGAUACGGUUUCGCUUUUGCGCAAGAUGAUGGCACUGCUGUAUCGCAGGUGGAUCUCCUCCGAGAAUGCUCACCCGAAACGUUUAGCAUCAGAACGGCCGUGGAAGAAGAGAUAAACGACAAAAUCGUGAAGGCAAAUGAAAGAUCGGUCGAGGACAAGACUGUAGUGAGCUCGAUGUCGGAGAAGUCGCCAAAAUCUGCGGAAACCGUACAGCCAUCGAAGAGCAACGUCCCAUGA